CGUGGUUCCAGAGGUACCCAGGUACAGGUACAGGUACAUUCCCAUGUUACGCUGUGACCCCCACUUCCCCUCAUACGUAGUUAUUUACACCUGUCUUCAACUUACUAUAAGCUCAAAUACGCGGUAUCUGUGCUGUUGUGAUUGUGUACCUCGCCCUGCCUCUGAACUAUUAAAAUCCAAUGAGCCAUUUGCAUUCUUGCCAGUGUAGCGUAUUUGAUUAGGGACCCGACAUGGUGACGAUAGUAGAUAGUGGGAAUGCGAGGGGAGGCUGCAUGAUCUAGACCCAAGUUUCAUUCUAUCCAUAACACGUCGCGUCACAACGCGAGUUUUAUAGUUGCUUCUCCUCCAUUAUUAGACUGAGGAUAUAGGCUCCAAGAGUUACCUAUCAGAUUCACUCACCCUUGACUAUACAUUGACCAAAAUAUCAUGGCCACCGCCGUCGAGACGCAUCCAGGUGAUAAGCAUGAAAUACCUGAAUAUGAAGCACACGAGUCGUCUACGUCAUUGAAAGAGCGAAUAAAGAAACACUACGAGAUUGCUUCUGACUACUACUAUUCUCUCUGGGGCCAGCAUAUUCACCAUGGCUAUUUCAAAUCGCCCACAGAAACCAAGGAGGAGGCUCAGGUUAAUCUGAUCAAGUAUCUGCUCGGAAUCUCAAGUCUCCCCCAAGGGGCCAAUGUCCUCGACGUUGGGUGCGGUAUCGGCGGCACCUCGCGUUACCUCGCCAAGGAACACGCGUGCAGCAUAACGGGCAUCACCAUCAGCGGGCGCCAGGUCGAAAUCGCCAAGAAACUGACCCAAGCCGAGACCUCCCCCGACAGCACCACGCGCAAUCCCACAGAUGAAGUUAAUUCGUACUCCUCGGGGGGCAAUUGCCGCUUCCUCGAGCUCGACGCCGAGAAGAUGCUAGAGCACUUCUCCGCCGACGGCAAGCCCGCUGCGCGGUUCGACGCCGUCUGGAUCUCCGAGGCGUUGUCGCACUUCCCUGACAAACCCCUUUUCUUCCGCUCCGCGUCCGAGCUGCUGGUUCCUGGCAAGUCCUCGCGUCUCGUGAUUGCCGACUGGUUCAAGGCACCGCAGCUUUCGCCGGAGCAGGAAAAAGAGGAUAUCCAGCCCAUUGAGGACGGGAUGUUACUCCCGCCCCUCUGUACAGCCGACGACUACGUCCAGAUGGCUGAGAAGGCGGGCCUGGUAGUUCGUCAAAGCCCAAUUGAUAUUAGUAGUGAUGUCGCCAAGACUUGGGACAUUUCUUGGGGUUUGGUCUCGUCGCCGUCGCUCUGGAUGUUCGCUAUUUCCCAGGGACGAGACGGACUUGCGUUUCUCCAGGCUUUCCGUGCGAUGAGACGGGGCUAUGCGAAUGGCACUUUUCGAUACGCUAUUAUGUGCUUCGAGAAACCAUAGAGAUCAUCUUGCCUAUAGCCAGCACACUGUUUCAAAUGAAAAUGCUUCAAAGCUAAGAUAGAAAUGAGUUCUACCUGGAUUAUCUAAAUUCACAGUGCCGAAAAGACGCUAGUGUAUUUAAUUGAUAUCAACUGUAUGACGAGACUGCGCGUCUUUUAGUCAUGUCUAAGUAAAAUUUAGAUAAGAGUAUAGCGGUACACUCGAGCACGGUCAUAAUAGGAAGUAGAUGAUAUAGGUCGAGAGACUAGUUGAUUAAAUUGAGAA